CAAGAGAAACAGACCCUCACGUCUUAUCGUCAUUUCUUCCCAGAAACACACACAAUGCCAAACUGGGGCGGAGGCAACAAGUGCGGAGCAUGCCGUGGGACAGUUUACCAUGCCGAGGAGGUUCAGUGUGAUGGGAAGAGUUUCCACAAAUGCUGCUUUCUCUGCAUGGUGUGCAGGAAGGGCUUAGACAGCACCACGCUGGCAAUUCACGACCAGGAGAUCUACUGCAAGUCCUGCUACGGGAAGAAAUACGGCCCUAAGGGCUACGGCUACGGACAGGGAGCGGGGACGCUCAACAUGGACCGAGGGGAGCGGCUGGGAAUCAAACCUGAGGAGUAA